AUGAUUAAUAAUGAAAAGACUGAAAUCAAAAUAGAGAGAAGUUAAAUACCAUCUGCUUAACCAAAGAAAGUGUUGGUGAAGAAACCAUCUACUAAUACUGAUAAAUAAGAAAAAACUUCAGAAGAAUUAGCUAAGCAUUAAGAAAUGUUAGAUGAUCGUCUUAAACAAAAACAAUAAUAAUAUGAAGAAGCAAAAGCCAAGAUACUCUAAAACUAAAAAAUUAUAAGAAACUAGCAAAAAUACAAUCUAGAAUUCCCGGAAUUGCCAAAAUGA